CUCACUAGGAACACACAACGCACACUGCUUACCUCUCAUCUCACACCCCAGACCGCCAUGGAUGAACUUGACAUGCUUUUAGAGGAGUUGGCUCAGAGCUCCACCCAGACUUCAAAUGUUCCUGCACCCAUUCCACCCAAAACUCUCCAACUGGGAGCCUCGGUUAAAAGUAACAACACAACUCAGCUUGAACAAACUGAAUCUUCUGGAUUUGUUGCUGGUCCAGGAAAGACAUAUAAUCCCUACAGUGUGGUUCCAGUCCCCGUGGAAGCAGGAGUGAUGAGUCCCGGCACAGCUACACGAGAGCUCGACUCCAUCAUGAAUGAACUGCUAGGGCUAGGCCUGGAGGUUUCAGAACCAGUUCCCACAUCAAACCCACCUCCAGUGGCUUGCAAGUCAAUAAAAGACAAAAAACCUGAGGAAGCUAAAGAAAGUGAUAGUGGAAGCCAAAAAGAGACUAAGAAGCCACAGCAUCCUCCUCUGUCAGAGAAAGUAUCCAAGAAUGUGGAUGCUAUAGACGACCUGCUGGGCUCUCUCAGUACGGACAUGGAGAAAAUGGGGGUCCGCACUGCUGCCAAAGGCCAUUGUGCUUCUUGUGACAAGUGUAUAGCUGGGAAGAUGAUCACAGCUCUGGGUCAGGUGUGGCACCCAGAACACUUUGUGUGUACGGCAUGCAGGGAAGAACUCGGCACGUGUGGUUUCUUUGAGAGAGAUGGCAAGCCGUACUGUGAGAAAGACUACCAGAACCUCUUCUCCCCUUGCUGCGCUUACUGCAAGGGUCCUAUUACUCAGAACAUUCUAACAGCGAUGGAUCAUACAUGGCACCCAGAACAUUUUUUCUGCGCCCACUGUGGAGAUCUGUUUGGACCUGAUGGUUUUAUGGAGAGAGAUGGUAAACCAUAUUGCUCUAGGGAUUUCUACCGCCUCUUUGCACCCAGAUGCUCUGGCUGUGGAGAGCCAGUGAAGGAGAACUAUCUGUCUGCAGCCAAUGGAACCUGGCACCCUGACUGCUUUGUAUGUGCGGACUGUCUGAAGCCUUUUACAGAUGGUUGCUUCCUUGAGUUGAACGGUCGGCCCCUCUGUUCCCUGCACUAUCACUCUAGACAGGGCACUCUGUGUGGGACCUGUGGAGAGCCCAUCUCGGGUCGCUGCAUCGCUGCUCUGGACCGCAAGUUUCACCCUGAACACUUUGUGUGUGCGUUCUGCCUUCGGCAGCUGAGUCAGGGUGUGUUUAAGGAGCAGGGAGGGAAGCCGUACUGUUCGGUAUGUCACGAGAAACUCUUUGUGUGAAAGAAGUGACGUGAUUCCAGAAGUGUUUUCUUCAAUAAAAACAAUAUUUAGGGAGGGACUUCAGCUUGCAUCAUGAUUAUUUAUUUAGAUUUCAUUUAAGAUUAUUUUAAUAUAUUAGUAAUAAUAAAAAAGAAAAGGCACACUGUGGCCCUCUGGAAGUUUGCUGAGUCCCCCUAGUGGGCCCUGGCUCCCUGAUUGAGAACCACUGUUUUAGAAAGAAAUAGCAAGAAGGAAGGAGUGAUACAUACACCAUUUUUCUAUUUUGUUUGAGAAAAAAAAAACUUUUUAGAGAAUGCAAAUCAAAUGCAGGAAAAUGUAAACUAUAGCAACAUGUUUAAUGUCAUUAUUUCAUAUCAUUUUCAUGAUUCUAAUACAUGUUCAUACAAGUAAAGGAUUCAGUGUCUUUUACUUAAGUAGACUAUGCCAUUAAUUUAAUUUUGCACUCAUAGCAUAACAAAACAAACAUACAUCUCCGCAGGCCUUUAAGGAGAUUUCUGGGUCUUGUAAAUGCUAUUGAUGUACUGUUAUUUCUUUUAGGUUUCAAUGAUUAAGAAGACUCAAGAUCCUAAUUAACAUAAUACCAUAUGUUUUCAUAGCCUAUGCAUUACAGUGACAUCAUGGGGACAUUUUCUGUAAACAUUCAAAAAGGGUUAGAAUAACACCGACCGUCAUUUUCUUGCUUGAAUAUACAUGAACUCUACAGAAGCCGGUAGAUUUUGUUGUGUGCAUGUCAAGAUCACAUGAGUGAACAUCCCUAUAGGCAUUGCUCAAGAUCCCUUGUUUUGUCAGUUCACUGCACUGUUGCUCAGGGUUCAGUCAGGCAGUAAGUUAAGGACGAGCCUUCUCAUCUUCAAAGAAUGCUCCUUGGUGGUAAGACAUGACAGCUGCUUUCUGGGAGGAUGGGUCAAAGAUCAAGAUGUUAAUCACACCAUAACAAUCAUGAAGCACAAGAACCACCCACAGUGAGUGGACAAACACUCAUACAGUAUGUGGUGAAUUUAAGAUUUUAAUGCAGUGGCUUAAUCUAGCGUUUGAUUACCAUAAAUGGCACAAAUUCAGUCACAAUGCUUUCACUAUGACAAUACUGUUAUGCCAUAACUGACAUCCAAGAAAACACUCCUUAUAUGUUUUAAUGCUAGGGAUCCCCAAAUAUGACAAUCCCCUAUGAGAACACCUUCCUCAAAUAUAUAUUGAUUUUGUAUUAAGUUAAUUUAAAUGUAUAAAGUUUUAAGUUGUAUUAAUUAGAAGUUGUGUUAAGUUUGUAUAAAGACUUUUAAAGCCAAUUAAAAAAUUUAAAUUCACACUAUAGCAUAUUAUAGCGUUUUGUUUUU